UGCCUCAGACUCGCUCCGAGACUCUUGACUGACUACUGGGCCACUGCGCGAGACCCAAUUACAGAGGACUCGCCGCUUUUCUUUUCGUCGCCGGAUACACAACCGAAGCCGCCGCGCUCCGCCGCCUCCUCUCGCCUCUCCUCCGCCGUCGGUUGCAUCCCUGCCGGCCAUGUCGAUCUUCGAGUACAACGGGAGCGCCGUGGUGGCGAUGGUGGGGAAGAACUGCUUCGCGAUCGCCAGCGACCGGCGCCUGGGCGUGCAGCUGCAGACCGUCGCCACCGACUUCCAGAGGGUGUUCAAGAUCCACGGCAAGCUGUACAUCGGCCUCUCCGGCCUCGCCACGGACGCCCAGACGCUGUACCAGCGGCUGGCGUUUAAGCACAAACUGUACCAGCUUCGGGAGGAGAGGGACAUGAAGCCUGAGACCUUCGCCAGCCUUGUCUCCGCCCUCCUCUACGAGAAAAGGUUUGGGCCAUACUUCUGCCAACCAAUUAUUGCUGGGCUAGGUGAAAAGGAUCAGCCAUUUAUAUGUACCAUGGACUGCAUUGGUGCCAAGGAACUGGCAAAAGAUUUUGUGGUUUCUGGUACUGCUUCGGAAUCACUAUAUGGUGCUUGUGAGUCCAUGUACAAACCAGACAUGGAACCCGAAGAACUAUUUGAGACCAUCUCACAAGCAUUGCUGUCUUCUGUUGAUCGCGAUUGCUUAAGUGGUUGGGGAGGUUAUGUUCUUAUUGUAACGCCCACUGAAGUUCAGGAGAGAGUGCUUAAGGGGAGAAUGGACUGAUUUCGCAACACCUGCAGUCCUAGUUCACAUCUGAGAUUGUUCAACCAAAAACCCGUGUGAUCUACUCUUUCUGUGCUCAAGCACUUCUUUGUUCGACCCGACAACUUGGAUUUUAACAUGCCAGUGAAAUCUGAAAUCUGAAAUUGAAAUCA